GAAUUCAGCGUACCUCUUCAUUCUUACUUCCAGCUACUUCCACUGGCAUUUAAACGCUGUUCAUCUCACAACGAGCCGGAUGUAGUGAGCAGGUGAUCCCUCCAGAUUACAUCCAGGGACCUCUUGGUGUAACUUUGGACAUUUUCCCGAUACAUUUAGACGAGUUUGAGGUUUUAAAACUCUUGAGCCUUUUUCCCGCCCCUGUCCCUCGCAAAAUGACGCGCGCAGAGGCGGGAGGUCACAUCGUUUAUAAAGUCUCGUCUCCUGCUGGAAUCACCCGUCUGUCCGUGUCCACCUCGUCAUGAGCCCAGAGGACAGCGCGGCUCUGGUCCUCAAUGUUUCCACCGAGGAGCCUCAGCCCUACAGCAUCUGGCUUCCGGGCAUCCCGGUCGCCGCCGUCUACGGGAUCAUCAUCGUCGUGGGUCUGGUGGGCAAUGUGACGCUGAUGAGGACGUGUCUGACGGUGAAGUCCAUGCGGACGGUGCCCAACUUGUUCCUGUCCAGUCUGGCUCUGGGGGACGUGCUGCUGCUGGUCACCUGCGCCCCGGUGGACGCGAGCCGCUACCUGGUGGACGAGUGGCUCUUCGGCCGCGUGGGGUGCAAGUUGAUUCCGUUCAUCCAGCUCACCUCGGUGGGGGUCUCCGUGUUCACCCUCACGGCGCUCUCCGCUGACCGGUACAAAGCCAUCGUCCGACCUCUGGACAUCCAGCGGUCCAGCGCAACACUCAGCUUCUGUUUUCGAGCCGGCGCCAUCUGGCUGCUCUCUGUGACUCUGGCCAUUCCCGAGGCUGUCUUCUCCGACCUGCACUCCUUCACCAGCUACACCAACGAGACGUUUGUGACCUGUGCGCCCUACCCCCACACCGGGGAGAUGCACCCCAAAAUCCACUCCACCGCCUCCUUCUUCGUCUUCUACGUCAUCCCACUCCUGGUCAUAUCUGUUUAUUACUUCUUCAUCGCUCGCAGUCUGAUCAGGAGCUCUGUGGACGUCCCGGCUGAAGGACACCCGCACCUCCAGAAACAGAUCAAGUCCAGGAAGCGUCUGGCCAAAACUGUGCUGGUCUUUGUGGGUUUGUUCGCCGUCUGCUGGCUGCCCAGUCACGUGAUCUACCUGUACCGCUCCUACCACUACGGCCAGGUGGACACCUCGCUGGGCCACUUCAUCGCCAGCGUUGGCGCCCGCGUACUGGCCUUCACCAACUCCUGCGUGAACCCGUUCGCCCUCUACCUGAUGAGCAAGCGCUUCAGCAAACACUUCAACCAGCAGCUCGCGUGCUGCACGUCCCCCAGACGCCUGUACAGUCAAAGCAGCGGCAGCACAAACAUCACCACCGUCUGACAUCACCCGUGUGUUGCACGGACUCGAGGUGUGUUUGUUGAGAUCGUUUCACACAUGUUCACCUCUGAUUUGGGCAUUUUGAAUGUUACAAUCAUUUGUCUUUUUUUAAAAGUACAAAAACACCUUGAAAUGAUGUGAAGUGAUUAGCGGUCAACUAUCCACGUGUAACAAUGCGUCACAUGUACUAUACACUCUAAAUGUAUGAAUGUACCCUAUAUGUAAAGUCACAACAGAAAAGUGGCAACAAAAUGACGGGCUUAAUAAAAACAAUAACAACAAACCUGCAAUUAAGACAUAUGGGGCAGUUCAAUAAAGAACAACAAAUCCUCCCUCCUCACAGUCAGGAACACCAUUUCCUAAAUAUUCAUUAUUUAUACAUGUAUGUCUGAAAAUAUCUAAUAAUGGAGAGGGAUGGUUCGCAAUGGAGAUGCCUACUGCUGGAGCUAAAGCAGAAGGUCCUUCUGACAUUUGAUGAUGCAAUGUUCUGAACAUCCGCUGCUCUGUGCGGUAGACGUGGUGACCUAAGAAUUGUUUGUCAAAUGUUUAAUAGAAUUGUCAAAUGUCGCAUUUUGAUUUAAAUAUUAUUUUUUCACAGUGAAAAAGAUGAAAGGAAAAGGAUGAAAGAAGGAUAUUCAGAGACUGUGAAUAUUUUUUCAUGUUUUGCAUUUUUAGUCAUAGGCGUCCACAUCUCAAAAGCUCUUGGAUGUAUUGCCAUGAUACCUGAAACUGUGGUUUAUUCAUUUUAUGUUGACCAAUGAUUGAAGCUUGAGUAAUGUAUGGUGAUAGCAGUUUAACAGUGUAGUAGAUAAUAUGAAUAACGUGUAACUCACAGAACUGCGGUGUACACUUGUGGUUUUAUUAUGGUCCUCACCUGGAAUAUGUUGAUAUUUAUGUUGAGUUGAUCUUUUCAUCUGGUCAUCAUAUUUAUGAGAGCGUUUUGCGAUUGAACUUUAAGCUGUUAAAACUAAAUAAAAAAUAAUCUGAAUGGAUGUGAAAC